AGUGUCUCUUCAUGAACACACAUGUAUGAUGUGAUUUCUCAACACGUGUACACACCCUGCUAGAAAGGAAGAUCAAGCAAGCUUUUACUUUCAUUUUUACCCGAUGGUAAGGGAAGAAAGCCAUGGCUGACAAGUUCCUGAAAGAGAAGAGGAAGCAGUUUAUUCGGUCCGUAGGCACGGGUACAAUAAAUGGCUUGCUGGAUGAGUUAUUAGAGAAAAGAGUGCUGAACCAGGAAGAGAUGGAGAAAGUCAAAUUUGAAAAUGCCACAGUUAUGGACAAGGCGCGAGCGCUGGCUGACUCUGUCAUUCGGAAAGGGCCUCAGGCAUGCCAGAUCUGUGUUGAUUACAUUUGUGAAGAAGACUGCCAUCUUGCAGAGACACUGGGGUUCUCCUCAGGUCCACAAAUUGGGAUUUAUGCCAAUAUGCAAGACUCCCCAGAUUUUACCUCAGAUCCUCAGCAAGUGCACAGCAGCCAGACUAUGCUCACACCCUGUGACCUAGGAGGGAGUCUCAAGCUUUGCUCGCUAGAAAUGGCACAAAGGAUGCAGAAAGCAAAAGGAGCUGAGAUUUAUCCAAUCAUGAAUAAGUUGACCCGCAAACGUCUUGCCCUCAUUAUCUGCAACAUAGAGUUUGACAGUCUUCCCAAGAGGGCAGGAGCUGAUGCUGAUAUCAAAGGUAUGGAAACAUUGCUUGAACAGCUGGGAUACAGCGUCAUCGUGAAAAGAAAUCUCAUGGCAUCGGAAAUGAUCACAGAGAUGAAGGCAUUCGCGAACCGCCUGGAGCACCAGACCUCUGACAGUACUUUCGUGGUGUUCAUGUCUCAUGGUAUCCGGGAGGGGAUCUGUGGGAGGAAAUACCCUGACCAAGUAUCGGAUGUAUUGAAAGUUGACACUAUCUUCCAAAUGUUGAACACUGCGAAUUGCCCAAGUCUGAAGGACAAACCCAAGGUGAUCAUCAUCCAGGCCUGCCGUGGAGAGAACAAAGGGGUGGUAUGGUUAAAAGAUGCAGCAGAAGAUGCUGGAGAUCAGCUGUCCACAGACUCAGAAGAUUUCGAAGACGAUGGCAUUAAGAGAGCCCACAUAGAGAAGGAUUUUAUUGCUUUCUGCUCUUCAACACCAGAUAAUAUUUCUUGGAGACAUCCAGUUAAUGGCUCUCUUUUUAUUAUGAAACUCAUUAAAACGAUGCAAGAAUUUGCCUGCUCUUGUGACUUGGAGGAAAUUUUCCGAAAGGUUCGAUUUUCAUUUGAGCUACCAAAUAGUAAGGCACAGAUGCCCACUACUGAAAGGGUGACUUUAACAAGAUGCUUCUAUCUCUUCCCAGGACACUGAGAAGCCAGGAGUUCUGCCAGGAGUUUUGUAUCUGUUUUGAAAUCAUUCCUUUCUCUUGGUAAAAACAUCUGUCAAUUUGUUUGUUGGAAAUUAACAUUUCUUUAAAUGAUGCAAUAAAUAUGAAAAAAGAUUAAA